UUGAAGAAAGGAACGUAUAAUAUCCAUCCGCAGAUAUAGGGGAUCAAUACAGAGAAUGAGUCUCUCGACAUGGCAGAGGAGAGAAUGAGUUCAUCCUCUGGUGAAGAGAGUGAACCGCCCUUGACCAAUGGCAGUGCCGCCUUGGACAUGGCGGAGCUCCACCAUGCUCCGGCGGGUCCCAUUCAGACUAAUGCUGGAGAUUAUCCUUCAAUAAACAGCUUCCAAGACGUGAAGUACGUGUGCUCUGUGGAAACUGCAAAGAUUUGGGCUAUUGCCGGCCCGAUUGCUUUUAACAUCCUAUGCAAUUAUGGGAUCAAUUCUUUCACCAACAUCUUCGUCGGACACAUUGGGAAUAUAGAAUUAUCUGCUGUUGCCAUUGCUCUUUCCGUCGUUUCAAACUUCUCUUUUGGCUUCUUGCUUGGCAUGGGAAGUGCACUUGAGACGUUAUGUGGGCAAGCAUUUGGCGCAGGGCAAGUGGAAAUGCUAGGAGUGUACAUGCAACGUUCGUGGAUAAUCCUAGGAGCAGCAUGCUUCUUUCUCCUUCCUCUGUACAUAUUUGCGAGGCCAAUCCUGGUCCUGCUAGGCCAAGAACAUGACAUCGCGUCCCUGGCUGGAACAUUCACUGUCCAAACAAUCCCUCAAAUGUUCUCUCUUGCCAUCAACUUCCCUACCCAGAAGUUCCUGCAAGCACAGAGUAAAGUGGGAGUUCUUGCUUGGAUCGGUUUCGGCGCGGUUUUUGUUCAUGUUGGGAUCCUCUAUCUGUUUAUCAAAGUGUUUGGUUGGGGCACAUCAGGUGCUGCUGCAGCCUAUGAUAUAUCUGCCUGGGGGAUUGCUUUGGCUCAAGUGGCUUAUGUGGUUGGUUGGUGCAGUGAAGGAUGGAGAGGCUUGUCGUGGCUCGCCUUUAAGGAUCUUUGGGCCUUUGUGAAGCUGUCCAUUGCCUCUGCUAUUAUGCUUUGUUUGGAGAUUUGGUACUUCAUGACCAUUAUUGUUCUCACUGGUCACCUCGAUAAUCCAGUUAUUGCUGUUGGUUCGCUUUCUAUAUGCAUGAAUGUGAAUGGAUGGGAAGGCAUGCUGUUCAUAGGGAUUAAUGCAGCUAUAAGUGUGAGGGUUUCUAAUGAGCUUGGAUCUGGACACCCAAGAGCUGCAAAGUUCUCUGUCAUUGUCACGGUCAUCGAGUGCCUCUUCAUAGGGAUCCUCUGUGGAGCCAUUAUUUUGAUCACAAAAGAUGAUUUUGCUGUCAUCUUCACCGACAGUGCAGAGAUGAAAAAAGCAGUUUCUCAUCUAGCUUCCCUUCUUGGUGCAACCAUGGUUCUAAAUAGUGUUCAACCAGUUAUAUCAGGUGUUGCUGUAGGAGGAGGUUGGCAGGCUUUGGUAGCUUACAUAAAUUUAUUCUGUUAUUACAUCAUUGGACUCCCUCUUGGCUUUCUUCUUGGUUACAAAUUGGGUUUAGGAGUUGAGGGCAUUUGGAUAGGCAUGAUCUGUGGGACAUUGUUGCAGACACUAAUCUUGUUGUACAUUAUAUAUAAAACUAACUGGAAUGAAGAGGUGGAACAAGCAACAGAAAGAAUGCGUAGAUGGACUGGACAAGAAUUUGAACUUGCUUCCUCAUAAACUUAUAUGACAAAUUCAUAUCUGUACAUGACAAUAGCUUUUGUGAAAAAGAUGUGCAUGCGUUUGUAUAGCCGCUAGAAAUUUUCUUUCAAUUUUAUACUUUUAGGCGUUCAUCUUAUCAUUUCCUUUUGGCUUUACUUUGCAUAGGUUCUUCAAUAUUACUAUGUCAAUGCUAAAAUUGUUGCAAUCUCGUGACAGAAAUAUUACUAUAUCAAAUCCAGAUAGGCAAGGCCGAGGGAAAGGAAAAUGAUUAGAAUGCAAGAAUUUUUAGUAAAUCUAUCUCAGUUUACAAUAUUUGUUUCUAGAUUGUUAGAUAUGUGUAGCCUAAACAGAACCAGAACAAUGAUUUUUUCGUAACUCUAGCACAGCUUAUAAUACUUGUUUCUACUUUUGAGGGAGUUUAUUUCUUCUAUCUGUGUUGCAAUCAGUGACUAAAAAAUCACA